ACUGUUGAUGAAAGGCGCGGUCGAGGAGGAUGAAAGCCAAAGACCGCAGGUCGCAAAGAAAUGAGCAUAUAUAAGAAUGUAAGUAUGGAAACCAAAAAGAGGAAGAAACUAAGACCAAAAAACCAACAAAGGCUGCCUUGCUCCCCGAGCUGCUUCCAUCCUCCUUGUGAUACCGACAAGUGAAUGAGACGGAGCGCGUGCGUGAACUGCUGCAGAGACGUGGGGUGCCCCACCUGCCUGAUACGGCAACUAGGCACGUACCGUCCCACUGGGACUAGCUUGCCUGCCCCGGUAACCGCAACGGUGCCGCGCGCGCAAGCCGCCAGCUCAUCAAACGCGGUGAGGAAGGGCUGAGAAACAGCUUACGGGUAAUUAAACAUUUUUUGCCCCUGUAUUCCGCCUAAACUUGGGGGAGCUGUCCAGUGGAAAGGAGAUGCCAAGAUAGAGUCGGAACCACAAGAAGAACAACACAUCCCCAGCAAUUGUCCAUCCUCAACACCUCCCAUCAAGCCCAAACCAACCCAAUCCCUCCCCCGCAAGCACAACCCUCACAAUGGCGUCCGAAAAGAAGCCAUCCCUCGGCUCUGCCAUGGUAAUCGGCGGCUGCGGCUUCCUCGGCCACCACGUCGUCCGCCUCCUCCUGCGCGACUACACCACCACCUCCAUCUCGGUCAUCGACCUCCGAUGCACACGCAACCGCCGCCCCGAAUCCGACGGCGUCAAGUACUACGAAGCCGACAUCACCGAUGUCGACAAGCUCAUCUCCCUCUUCUCAGAAGCCCGUCCCGACGUGGUCAUUCACACUGCCUCCCCCCCAGCCCAAUCCAAUGACAGCGUCUCCCACGCUCUCUUCAAAAAGGUCAACGUCGAUGGCACCGCCGCCGUCAUCAAGGCCUGCCAAACCACCGGCGUCAAGGCCCUGGUGUACACCUCCUCCGCCUCGGUCAUGUCAGACAACAAGUCCGACUUGAUCAACGCAGACGAAAGAUGGCCCACCGUCCGCGGUGAGAACCAGACAGAGUACUACUCCGAGACCAAGGCUGCAGCAGAAGAGCUCGUCCUCCUCGCCAACCGCGCCUCCCCCGCCCCCUCCCUCCUCACCUGCGCCAUCCGCCCCUCGGGCAUCAUGGGCGAAGGCGACACAAUGGUCCUCUACCACAUGAUCAACAUCUACCGCCAAGGCCGCACCGGCGUCCAAGUCGGCGACAACAACAACCUCUUCGACUUCACCUACGUCGAAAACGUCGCCCACGGCCACCUCCUCGCCGCCCGCGCCCUCCUCCUCACUUCCUCCUCCUCCACCGUCCCUCUCAACCACGAGCGCGUCGACGGCGAAGCCUUCCUCGUCACCAACGACUCCCCGGUCUACUUUUGGGACUUUUGCCGGGCCAUCUGGGCCGCCGCGGGAUCGCCCAUGGGGACGGACCACGUGAGGGUUCUGCCGAGGGGUGUGGGAAUGGUGUUGGGCUUCUUGAGCGAGUGCUUUUUUGCCAUGAUUGGGAAGCCGCCUACGUUUAACAGGCAGAGGAUUGUGUAUAGCUGCAUGACGAGGUAUUACGACAUUAGCAAGGCGAAGAAGAGGUUGGGGUACAGGCCAUUGGUGAGCUUGGAUGAGGGGGUGAGAAGGAGUGUCAAGUGGACGUUGGAGCAGGAGAAGGUGAAUGCUGAGAAGAAGUAAACAGCGUGGGAAUUUUGGGUUUGGAUGGUUUGAGAUGUAGGUCGGACGAGAUACCAAUUGGGCAUUUUUGUUUGGGAAGGGGAGAAGCGAUAUAUGAAACGUAUAUAAUACAUAAUUAACGACUGAUGGGCGGCCGAGAGGGGUUGGAUGGAUGGGAAAAUGAUGGGUGGUGGUGGUGGUGGAAAAGGGAGGAUGCAUAUGAUCAAUAAGCGCACUAAAUAUUUCGUAUAACCUUGUGGAUAAAAGGGGCCAGGGUCCUGAUUUCUGGUCAAGUCAUGCUUGUUGGAUUGGUGAUGUAGAGCACUGUGCCGUGAAC